UCUAGUGGACAGGCCAUGUUCUUUUCGAUUGGUCUUCUGCAUUUAUGUAAACACACCCCAGAUCAAUUUAUCUUUUGGAGGAAUGAUUUGUUUGGGAAAUUUUGCAGAACUACUCUGGAGCAGAGCAAAAUGGUACCUCCGGGUCAUCACUGGGACUGGGGGAAAGGACACGCUCCAGGGGAGAAAACAAUUCGCCUAGACGAAGAUCCCUAGGUGGUUCUCCAUGAACUCGCCGAGGGGGCUUAGUGGGUAGUCUCUCGAGCAGCUCUGAGAUUAAACUAUCAUCUGAGUUAAUGAGUAAUAACAGACCCAGAACAGUUCCCAAACCUUGGCACUUUCGCUCCUUUAGCCAGAGGCACCCAGCCUAGCCUUGGCUUCCUGGUGCGGGGAAUGCGGGAGAGGGGGGAGCGAGGGGAAGGGGGAGCGGGGGGAGGGGGGCGGUGCGCAGGCACCUGGAACAAUCAGGGCACCGGGAGUAGCCGACUCAGCUGAUGCCGGUGAUGAAUUUCUCUCAUUGAAAUCCUACCCAUCUCGGGCGCCUUGGUUCCCUUACGAAUCAGCCCUUUCAUCACAAAGAAAGCCCUCUUUCCAGAUAAUCUAAGGGUCAUUGUGCCAACAUCUGGGCGUGGAGAGUUUCCGUAGGGAGAAGGACGGAGAGGGGCCCCCUCGGCGGGGACGCGGGCCGAUGGCUGGAAGGGCGUGGAGGGCGGUGCAGCGGGCGAGCCCCAGCCGAGGGCCGUCCCCGCCUCCACUCGGCCGCCCGGGCGAGUUGCCUAUUUAGGGUGCGGCGGCGGGCGGCAGCGGUGCGCCCAUGGCGGCCCUGGGGGACGAGGUGCUGGACGGUUACGUGUUCCCGGCGUGCCCCCCCUGCUCGUACCCGUACCCGGCGGCCACCAAGGGCAAGGGCGCGGCGGGCGGUAACUGGCAGCACCGCGGCGGGGGCUGCCUUCCCGCCUCCUCCCCAUCCUCGGUGGGCGCGGCCUCGUUGUCCUUACCGGGCCGCGGGAGGCUGACAGCCGCCGAGUACUUCGACAGCUACCAGCAGGCGCAGCUCAUGGCUCUCCUGGCGCAUGUGGGGCCGGGUCUCGGGCCGCGCGCCCGGAGGGCCGGCAGCUGCGACGUGGCGGUGCAGGUGAGCCCGCGCAUCGACGCCGCGGUACAGUGCUCGCUGGGGAGGCGCACGCUGCAGCGCCGGGCCCGCGACCCCGAGUCCCCGGCCGACCCCGUGGCCGAGGGCACCACGGGCGGCGGCUCUAACUCCCAGCAGUCAGCCCGUCGAGGCCUGGAGCAGGGCAGCCCCCAGAACGGCGCCCCGCGGCCCUUGCGCUUCCCGCGCACAGUCGCCGUGUACUCGCCCGUGGCCUCGCGCCGUCUCACCACCUUCCUGGAGGGACCCGGGGCCGCGGCGGGCGAGCAGAGGUCCGGAGCGUCGAAUGGAGAGCGGGGGCCGCCGCCCGCGAGGGUUCAAGACCCAGAGGAGGGGGAGGUGUGGACGAGGAAGGCGCCCCGGCGGCCGCAGUCCGACGACGACGACGGCGAGGCCCAGGCCGCUGUCCGAGCGAGCUGGGAGCAGCCGACCGACGGUCCGGAGCUGUCGCCGCGAGAGGCCCAGGACGGGGAGGCGGCUCCGCGGUCGGCGCUAAGGAGCCCGGGGCAACCUCCGCCGGCAGGGAGGGCCCGAGACGGCGGCGACGGACGGGAGGCGGCCGCCGCGGGAGAGAGGCCGUCGCCACGGAGCCCGGAGCCGGGCAAGGAGCGGCUGCGCUUCCAAUUCUUAGAGCAGAAAUAUGGCUAUUACCACUGCAAGGACUGCAACAUCCGCUGGGAGAGUGCUUAUGUGUGGUGUGUACAGGGAACUAACAAGGUUUACUUCAAACAGUUUUGCAGAACUUGUCAGAAGUCUUAUAACCCUUACCGAGUGGAGGAUAUCACCUGUCAAGUUAUCCUGGUGUUUUAUGUGAGCAGUAUUCACUCAUAGGCCUGGAUGAGGAUCCUUACUCUUCUCUUGAGUCUUUUUCCAAGAGAGCAUGUAAUGAUUUCCUAAAUUUAAGGGACAUUACGUGUUUUGCCACACCCUCUAUUUUACAUCACUAAAAGUAGAAAAUAUAUUUUAAAAUAAGAAAUCCUGUGGUUUUGUUUUAGAAGCAGCAUGAAGAAACUGCCAGAUUGCUGCUUUUACUGUUGUCUUGUAAGUGUACUAUUUAAAAAUGAUAACUGUAGUGUGCAAAAGAAAAAGGUUGUAUGUAAAAACUGGGCUCCAAAUAGAACUACAUCAGGUAAUAAAUUAAGCACUGGAUAUAUUUAAUAAAUACUAACUUGGGAUUCAGAGGCUGAGGAGCAGAGAAGUGUAGGUUGGAGGAAAAUGCUGUUGCAGAAGGCCAUCCUCAUGAAUUUGUUUGCAUCUUGAUUGCUGGAGGUAUAUUCAUUUUUAUUAAUAGACUUAGUUACAUAUAAAUAAACGCAAAAAGCAAGUAUCAACUGAAAGGUUUGGUUGGGUAGUCAACUGAUUUUGUUCUUUUUUAAGGCAAUUCAACGGGGUAACAUUUGAAAGGUUUCUAAAUGAUGCACACUCUAAUCAUUCAUUCUUUGUUAAAAUACAACACAAACCAACAGCUACAAUGCUUUUUAUUUUUAACAAAAAGGAUGUAAGGAGGGUGAGAAAAACAGGGGAGAGUAAGAUAGGAUGUAAAGUGUAAUGUAUCUCUGGACACCAUCCCUCUCUGCCUGCCCCACACCCAAAAGUUUUAAAUAAUUUAAAGGAUACCACUUACAGUACCAGAACACCAUCAAAAUAAUUGUCUUUAUCAGGGUCCAAAAAUACAGUGAUUAUGAAUGAGCCGUGACCAGAUAGGGAAUUUUACUGGAUAUGUAACUGUGGUCAGCAGUCCAAUGGUGUGCACAGUGCCUUCAGUUAAUGCACUUGAGCAUACGUAAUUACAUUUCUGGCAGGGUCCACACCCCCAAGAAAAGGUAAAGCUAAGCAUUUCAUUUCUACAUUCUAAACUCUGGAAUCACAGAGCCCAGUUUAAAAGAAAAGUCACAGUGGAUCACAGUGGAUAAGAGAUGUAUAUAAAAAAUACAAGGUGUUUCUUUCAAAUCAGGAGUUGUGGGACUACAUUCUUUUUUUUUUUUUUUUUUCUUUUCUUACAAAAUGCGAUUUAAAAAA